AGAGACUUCUCCUCUUUGGACUUUUUAAUCCGCACUUAAUUCGUACCCUUUUACUUGGUCAAAUUGAUAGGUUUCAGAGAUUUUUCAUGUAUACACGAAAAAAGAAACUAUGCAUAUGAUUCAUUCUUAAGUGAUGCCUCACGUUCUAGGGUGGCUGCAGACACUAUAAAUACCAACUCGAUAGCCGUAGCGUGAUGUAAUGGUACUAACUACUCAUUUCAAAGCAAACAUGGGUUUCCAUUCUUGCAAUAUUCUACUCCACUUUUCAUUCUUAACUAUUCUCAUAUGUCUCAACUCCAUAUUUCCCGGCGUUAAGCCAGCCACCUUAACCAUCUCCACAGACAAAGAAGCUUUGAUCUCUGUCAAGUCAACUCUAAGUUUUGACCAUACUACCCCAAACCCUCUCUCUACUUGGGACCAAACCUCAUCAUCCCCAUGCAACUGGACCGGUGUUGUUUGCAAUAAACUGGGCCAGAGCGUAGUGGGCCUUGAUCUUUCUGGGCUGGGGCUUUCUGGGUCCAUAAGCCCACAUAUUGGUAACCUCUCUUUCCUCAAUUCUCUUCAACUCCAAAACAACCGAUUCAUAGGAACCAUUCCCAGCGAAAUAACCAAACUUUUUCGCCUGAGGCUUCUCAACGUGAGCUUCAAUCUCAUCAAUGGCGUCCUACCCUCGAACCUAAAAAACUUGAAGGAGCUAAAAGUUAUUGAUUUUACUGAGAACAAGGUCUCAGGAACACUCCCUGAGCUUAGCCUCUUGACAAAGCUUGAAGUUUUGAAGCUCAGACAGAAUCAUUUCCAUGGCGGAAUCCCUCAGUCCUUUGGCAAUCUUUCAUCCCUCACUGUCUUGAACUUAGGCACCAAUAGCCUUAGCGGAGACAUACCCAAUAACUUGGGUCGUCUUCAUAACCUCAAGGAACUCGAUAUCACCAUUAACAAUCUCACUGGCACAAUCCCUCCAUCGAUAUAUAAUCUCACUUCAUUAGUAAAUUUGGCUGUAGCUGCAAACCAUCUCUGGGGCGAGAUACCGUACGAUGUUGGGGUUAAGCUUCCGAACCUCUUGGUUUUCAACUACUGCUUCAAUAAAUUCACAGGAAGGAUUCCAGGGUCUCUACAUAACCUCACCAGGAUUCAAGUCAUUCGAAUGGCUCACAACCUUCUCGAAGGUCCAGUCCCACCAGGUUUGGGAAACUUGCCAUUUCUUGAGAUGUAUAACAUUGGGUUCAAUAAGAUUCUCAGCUCCGGUGACGGCACCGGUGAUGGUCUGAGCUUCCUUAAUUUUUUGGUGAACAGUACUCGGCUAAAGUUUUUAGCUAUUGAUGGGAAUGGUUUGGAGGGUGUUAUACCAGAAGCCAUUGGGAACCUUUCUAAGGAUUUGUCAAAACUUUAUAUGGGAGGCAACCGUAUUCAUGGCGAGAUUCCCAAUUCAAUUGGUCAACUUAAAAGUUUGACUUUGUUAAACUUGAGUUCCAACUUGAUCACUGAUGAGAUUCCAACUCAAAUAGGUGAGUUAAAGGAGCUUCAAGAAUUGUGUUUGGCUGAUAAUAAGCUUUCUGGGGCUAUUCCUAGGUCUUUAGGAGAGUUGAAAAAGCUAAAUAGCAUUGAUUUGUCUGGAAAUUCUUUACAUGGCUAUGUCCCAAGUAGUUUUGAGAAUUUUCAGAGUUUGCUUUCAAUGGACUUAUCAAACAAUAAGCUCAAUGGAAGCAUUCCAAAAGAGUGUCUUAAUCUCCCUAGCUUGAGUACUGUUUUGAAUCUCUCUAGAAACCUUUUAAGUGGACCUUUGCCUCAAGAAGUUGAAAAACUAGAAAAUGUUGUUGCAAUUGACCUUUCUCACAACCUUUUGUCUGGUGAAAUUCCCAACUCAAUCAAGAGUUGUAAAAGCUUGGAAAAUCUUUUGAUGAGCAAUAAUAGAUUUGUAGGUCCAGUUCCAAAAGGUUUAGCCGAAGUCAAGGGUCUUGAAAUGCUUGACUUAUCAUCAAACCAACUUUCUGGCUCCAUUCCGAUUGAUCUCCAAAACCUACGAGGCCUCAAGUUGUUAAACCUAUCAUUUAAUGACUUGGAGGGAGUAGUUCCCAAAGAUGGAGUGUUCAAAAACCUCUCUAGCGUCCAUUUAGAAGGGAACAAGAACAUUUGCCUUAAAUUUCCAUGCCUAAAUUCAAGAUCAGAUUCCACUAGAAAAAGAAUAAUAAAGUUCAUUAUUAUUGGUGUUGUCACAGCCUUAAUAUUCAUAGGAUUCUGUUUAGUGCUUUGUUUAUUGCUCCAUAUCAGAAAAAGCAAAUCAGCCAAAAUUAGAGGUGACAAAGCUUUUGGUGAAGUAGAUCACAAAGUUCAACAUCAGAUGGUCUCCUAUGAAGAAAUACGUCGAUCAACAGGGAAUUUUAGUGAUGACAAUCUUCUGGGAAAAGGAAGCUUUGGCUCAGUUUACAAAGGGUAUGUUAAUCUAAGAGAUGGGUUGGUUAUCACUUCAGUAAAAGUCCUUGACAUUCUACGAACUGGAUCUUCAAAGAGUUUUGUUGCUGAGUGUGAGGCUUUGAGGAACGUGAGGCAUCGGAACCUUGUUAGAUUGGUCACAUCUUGCUCCAGCAUAGACUACAAGAACAAGGAUUUUCUUGCCUUGGUUUACGAGUACAUGUGUAAUGGGAGUUUGGAUGAUUGGAUUAAGGGAAAGAGAAGGAAAGAAAAUGGUGACUUGUUGAGCCUUAUUGAGAGACUGAAUGUGGCCAUUGAUGUUGCUUCUGGCUUGGAUUAUAUGCAUCACGAUUGUGAAGUUCCAGUGGUACAUUGUGAUAUAAAGCCUAGCAACAUUCUCUUGGAUGAGGAUUUUACUGCCAAAAUGGGAGAUUUUGGUCUGGCCAGGUUACUGAUGAUGGAGAACAGAGAAACAGUUCAGACUUCUAUCAGCUCCACUUUGAAGGGUUCGAUUGGAUACAUACCUCCUGAGUAUGGUCUAGGGCAGAAGCCCUCCACAGCUGGAGAUGCAUACAGCUUUGGAGUGAUGUUGUUGGAGCUCUUCACAGGGAUGAGUCCCACUCAUGAAAGUUUCACAGGAGAGCUCAACCUGAUCAAAUGGGUGGAGUCAGCUUUCCCAGAAAAUUUGAUGCAUGUAAUAGACUCCGAGUUAUUACAAUUUUCUGAGAAUUCUAAAAAUGAAGAUGAAUCUAUAAUAAGUCCAGAAAAGCAAUGCGAUUGCAUGACCAGAGUAAUAGAGAUAGGGCUCUCUUGUGCUAGAGAUUCCCCUGAUGAACGCAUGAGUAUGAGACUUGCUCUUAAUAGUCUGAAAACUUCCAAACAUAACCUUCUUAAACAGUCAAAUAUGGAAGGUUGAUUUGUUUCAUCAACAACAUUAAAUUAUUCACACAAGGACACUUAUUUGUAUGCGGUCUUAGAUAUGAUAUAAAUAUAUAUAUAUAAAUAAGGUGUUAUAAUUUCGAUUAUUAGGGAUUUUUUAGAUAUAAUGAGGUUUUAUUACGGUGUAAAAAACCAAAAAUAUGUAAAAAAAAAAACAGUGUUUAUUGUAUUUUUUUUUUCUUUGUCGGGAAAUUGGGUGUUUAUUGACGGAUCAAAUGAUUAGAGUUGUAAAAUUAUAUAUAUUUUUGUAUAAAAAAUGUGUAUUUAAGGGA